GGUCUCAGAGAUUAGGCUACGUGUGAUGUGUCAAUGACUUUAUGGAAAUUAAUUUGGUCGGCCUGCAGUGAUCUAGUUUUGGUCUUGCCUAUGGACUUCAAAUCCCAGAAUGCAAUGUUUAUCAAACGCUAGCCCGACCCCUUUAAACAGCUGGAUACAGUGAGGAGAUGAACAAACCUUUAGCGGAAGGUGUUUGCGUGGUGGCUUCGUUUCUGGAAAAUAUGGAAUCUGAGAAGGUGCUACAAUACCUGUGUGAAGUUGAGGAGGCGGCCGAAGAGGUUUUAGCAGAUAGACAGCAGAUUGUGGAUCUGGACAUCAAAAGAAACAGAAACAGGGAGGCACUGAGAGCCCUGCAAGAUGACAGAGAGCAGGCUGACAAGGUGAAGGUUUGCUUUGGGAACAUGUUUAUUAAGCUCCCUAGAGCAAAGACCAAAGAGAUGAUUCAAAAAGACCAGAAACAGCUUGAUAAGGAGAUUUGCGAUCUAAGAAACCAACUGAAAGCGAAAGUGAAUCGACUGAACGAGUUGCAAGGCAAGCCAGAACUCAGGGGUUUCAACCUCACCCCACUCACGAAAGAGGAGCUGCAGGCUGUUAACAUGCAACUUAGAAGAUGAGCUCCAUCCAGGGUUCAUCGUCUUGGAGAAUCAGCUGUGACUGUAAAAGUCUUUGCUUAUUUGUGUGGAGAGUCUGUCUUUCACUUCACAGACUUCAAUGUGAUACUUUGACAUGAGCAGCGUAUUUGUAAUGCAUCUGCUGUCUGUCCUUGGUGUGCUAGCGCUACACAGAGGGCCUGAAUGAAAUAUUCAGAGGGUACAAGUCAUUCAUGUGUGCGCAUGUGUCAUUACAACAUCUCGGUAAGCCAUGCUGGCACUGUGAUCACUCAUUGUGUACUUGUUUCAGACAAAGGUAGUCUGGCACAUGCACUAGGAUCCACCAAUCACAUUUUUGGGACUGCAUUGUUACCAUGAUUAAAAUAAAAUGUGUUUUUUCUUCAUGUAAAGCUGCUA